AUGGGAACUUUUGUGCACAACUCAGCCCAAGAUGAGGAACAUAUUUUCCGAAGCCGAGCACCGGCUGUCCAAGUACCUGAUAAUGUCACAUUGCCAGAAUUUGUGCUUCAGAAUGCAGAGUUAUAUGCUGACAAUGUUGCAUUCGUGGAGGUGGUGACCGGAAAGAAAAUUACUUAUGGGGAGGUGGUGAGAGACACUAGGAGAUUUUCCAAGGCCUUAAGGUCUCUUGGCCUUAGAAAGGGGCAUGUGGUGGUGGUUGUUCUCCCAAAUGUUGCAGAGUAUGCCAUAGUUGCUUUGGGAAUAAUGGCUGCUGGUGGGGUGUUUUCGGGAGCAAAUCCAUCAGGGCAUGCAUCUGAAAUUAAGAAGCAGGUGGAGGUAGCUGAUGCCAAGAUCAUUGUAACAAAUGGUGCAAGCUAUGAAAAGGUAAAAGGCUUUGGGGUACCAGUAAUUGUGCUUGGUGAAGAAGUUAUUGAAGGUGCUAUGAAUUGGAACAACCUGCUUGAAGCAGCAGACCGUGCCGGGAACAAAAUCAAUAAGGAGGAAUUGAAGCAGUCUGAUCUAUGUGCCCUUCCCUUCUCAUCAGGCACAACAGGACUGUCGAAGGGUGUAAUGCUGACUCAUCGAAACCUAGUAGCCAACCUCAGCUCCACACUCUUUGGAGUAACGCCAGAAAUGAUUGGCAAAGUCACUGUCCUAGGCCUAAUUCCAUUCUUUCACAUCUAUGGGAUCACUGGAAUAUGUUGCGCGACGCUUCGAAACAAGGGGAAAGUGGUGGUGAUGGGAAGAUUCGAACUUCGGACAUUUCUUAAUGCAUUGGUCUCAGAAGAGGUCACAUAUGCGCCCAUUGUGCCACCAAUCAUUUUGAACUUGGUUAAGAAUCCAAUAGUUGAUGAGUUUGAUCUGAGCAAGCUCAAACUCCAGGCCAUUAUGACUGCAGCAGCUCCACUUGCACCAGAUGUCCUCAAAAAAUUUGAGAACAAGUUUCCUGGUGUCCAAGUCCAAGAGGCAUAUGGAUUGACUGAACAUAGCUGCAUCACACUCACUCAUGCCACACCGGGUGUUAUGGCAAAGAAAAACUCGGUUGGGUUCAUUCUUCCAAAUUUGCAAGUCAAAUUCAUUGACCCUGACACCGGCCGAUCCCUCCCCAGAAACACCCCUGGUGAACUUUGUGUCUUGAGUCAAUGUGUAAUGAAAGGUUACUACAAUAAUGAAGAGGAGACUGCCCGGAUCAUCGACAAGAAUGGAUGGCUUCACACUGGUGACAUUGGCUACAUAGAUGAUGAUGAAAAUGUCUUUAUUGUGGAUCGCAUCAAGGAAUUAAUCAAGUACAAAGGUUUCCAAGUGGCUCCUGCUGAACUUGAGGCCAUCCUUCUGAGCCAUCCCUCAGUUGAAGACGUUGCAGUAGUCCCAUUGCCAGAUGAGGAGGCAGGGGAGAUUCCAGCAGCAAGUGUUGUUUUAGCAGCUGGUGCAAAAGAGAGUGAAGAAGACAUUAUCAAGUUUGUGGCCUCAAAUGUUGCUCACUACAAGAAAGUGAGAGUGGUGCACUUUGUGGACAGCAUCCCAAAAUCACCCUCUGGCAAAAUUAUGAGAAGGUUGGUCAAAGAGGCCAUGAUAGAGAAGAUCAAGGCAUGCAAGCUCCACACCUAAACCUAAUUAAAUCCAGUCUAAAAUUAAUAACAUGGUUUUAAGCAUAUACAACAAUGGAAUUUGAAC